AUGACCACCUGGUUGCAGCAUUUUGACAUACGCGACAGACGGAACUUCUACAUUGCUCUUACUACACCGAUCCUAACCUACUACACCGCGCGGGCACUAUGGACAGUGCUCAGCUCAUCACAUCCCAGAGAGCGAAAUCCAAAAAUCUUUGUCUCUCCGAGGAAGUCCCUUCAACUUCUCAGUGCGCAAGAACUUGACGAUUUACCUUAUCCCCCAGAUGCAUUACCUGGAGCCAGAGACGUCGACUCACCGUACGGCAACAUUCGUGUGUACGAGUGGGGCCCAGAAGAUGGGCGCAAAGUGCUGUUCGUGCAUGGUAUCACCACUCCGUGUAUAGCGUUCGCAGGCCUGGCCAAACGACUUGUCGAUGGUCAUGGUUGUCGGGUGAUGCUGUUCGAUCUCUUCGGGCGAGGCUACUCUGACGCACCUGACCCGGAAGAGUACCACCAGGACAUAAGGCUCUUCACCAGCCAGAUAUUGCUCGUCCUUGCGUCGUCUGAUCUGGCAUGGACGGGAUCGGAGCGGUUCACAUUAGUGGGCUAUUCGCUCGGUGGCUGUAUAGCUGCUGCUUUCACGUACUACUUCCCACGACUUGUUGGAUCGUUGACCCUGAUUGCGCCUGCUGGUCUGAUCAGACUCAACCAUAUCAGCUUCAGCAGUAAGCUACUGUACGGAGAUGUAGUGCCGCAUUCGCUCGUGAACGCUGUCGUAAGGAGGCGUCUGGCAGCAGGCCCCACGCAUAUGGCAGCGAGAAAAGACAGCAAAACCGAUCCGGCCAAAGCUGCAGAGUCCGAGGUCCCUGCGCAUCCCGCGCAUGCGGAGCACUCCACAGCCUUAUUGUUCCCAGGUCGUCCGAACAUUUCUCCGCUUCAGACGGUGGCGUGGCUGGCCAGAGUACAUCCCGGUUUCGCGCCAUCGUUCUCGUCUUCAUUGAAGCAUGCACCCAUCACAGCGCAGCAUGAGCGAUGGAAGAUGAUUGGGAGUCGGCAGGCAGCGCAGCGAGCCUCUCCGUCUUCAGCUGCUGCAAGUAGGGAGGCCCUGAAAGAGGGGAAAGUGUUGAUCCUCUUAGGCCGUGACGAUCAAGUCAUAAUUGCAGAAGAAGUUGGACCUGACGCGACAGCGGCAUUGGGUUCGGAGAACGUGAAGGUAGUGACGCUGAAGGGAGCUCACGACGUACCGAUUGUGAACGCCGAAGGGUGCGUCGGUGCCAUGACCAGCUUUUGGGAGAAGAGCAUGUAG